UAAAGAAAUCCUGUGAACGGUGCCGUAGAAUCCUGUGUGGGACUAUCCAGGACUGGCUGCAGUGUGCCCAAACAACCACCAGUCACGUGACGAGCCUUCGCGCGCAGUCUCGAGGAGGAGAGCAUAUAUCUUACUGCACCUUCCACACACCACCCCCCUCCUCUACCUCCUCCCGGGAGAGAACACCUUGGAGGUGAGCCUGGACCUUUUCAUUUCCUCGGAGCGGGUUCCUCCCGAGAGCUACCUUACCCGCCACCAGGCUCCCUUUCGUCGGCUUUUCGACUCACCUCCGCCGGCAUAGGAAGGAAGGAAGGAAGGAGGGAGGCGGAGGGAUCGAUGAGUCGCGAGCCGCCGCGGCACCAAAAGGAUGCUGGUGAGGUGGCUGGAGAGUGAUGACCAGGCACACACACACACACACACACACACACGUACACACCAUUCUUCAAAUCUUGCCCCCUGCUAAGUAAGACGGGGAGGGGAGAGAAUCCUGCAAUGACGAUGUCAUUUCUCUCUGUUAGCGGUGUGUGAGCCGUACAAAACGCACGCGCUCCAGCUCCGUGGGGAGUUUUCCUGCGUGGGGUGGGGGGGAGCGGGCCCCUAUCUGGGCCACCAAGAUGGAGUUCACGUCCGUUUGGGCGCACGUGUAAGAUGGCGAAUGAAGGACUGAGCGGAGGAUGAAAGAAGGAUCCCAAGCGUCACCUCGUUAGGAACGCAGGGCGCACCUGAGACACGUCCCUACAAAGUGCCGUCACCAUGAGCGCUGUAGAGCACGCUCCCCAGCUCUAGCCUCCCCCCCCUUCUUUCCGCCAGUGUGUGUGAGUGCGAGCGUGCGCGCAUGAGUGUGAUGGCGAUGUGCGUCUGGGCGGCGGCCCCUCUGCUCUUCCUGGGCCUGUGCCUGUGCAGCGUGGGGGGCCAGGCCCAAGGCGAGGUGCUGGAGUUCGGCGCCGUGUCCAACCAGUGGGGCCGCUUCCCGGUGUGGAACGCCUGCUGCGAGAGCGUGCUGAGCUUCAGCCUGCGGACGCACAGCCAGGAGGGCCUGCUGGUCUACCUGGACGACGAGGGCUUCUGCGACUUCCUGGAGCUGCUGCUCCUGCGCGGCCACCUGCGCCUGCGCUUCUCCAUCUUCUGCGCCGAGCCCGCCGAGCUGCAGUCGGGCGUGGCGGUGAGCGACGGGCGCUGGCACGCCGUGCGCGUCACGCGGGACUGGAAGAACACCUCGCUGGAGGUGGACGGGCGGCUGGAGGGCUGGGCGGAGGUGAAGAGCAAGAGGAGAGACAUGACGGUGUUCAGCCACACCUACGUGGGCGGAGUGACGUCGGAGCUCCACUCGUCGCCCCUGCGCCUCACCUCGCCGUCGGUGCGGGAGCACCCCGCCUUCCGUGGCUGGAUCACGGCGGUGAGCAUCAACGGCUCGUUGGUGGCGCUGGACAGCUCCGAGGGCGUCACGGUAACGGCCGGCUGCGGGCCGGACCACCAGUGCCAAAACGGCGGCGUGUGCAGCUUGGUCAACGACCUGGCCGUCUGCGACUGCUCCGACACCGGUUACCAAGGCAACGACUGCAGUGAAGAGCACAGCUACACGCCAGGUCUGGCACACCUGAUGAUUGGCGACCAAGCCCGCGAGGAGUACGUCGCCACCUUCAAGGGCUCCGAGUACUUCUGCUACGACCUGUCGCCCAACCCCAUCCAGUCCAGCAGCGACGAGAUCACGCUGUCCUUCAAGACGCUGCAGCGCAACGGCCUGAUGCUGCACACGGGCAAGUCGGCCGACUACGUCAACCUGGCGCUGAAGAACGGCGCCGUGUCGCUGGUCAUCAACCUGGGCAGCGGGGCCUUCGAGGCCCUGGUGGAGCCCGUCAACGGCAAGUUCAACGACAACGCCUGGCACGACGUCAAGGUCACCCGCAACCUGAGACAGCACUCAGGCAUUGGACACGCUAUGGUGACCAUAUCUGUGGACGGCAUCCUGACCACAACGGGCUACACCCAGGAGGACUACACCAUGCUGGGCUCGGACGACUUCUUCUACGUGGGAGGGAGCCCCAGCACGGCCGACCUGCCCGGGUCCCCAGUCAGCAACAACUUCAUGGGCUGUUUAAAAGAGGUGGUGUACAAAAAUAAUGAUGUGCGGCUGGAGCUGUCGAGACUCGCUAAACAGGGAGACCCCAAGAUGAAGGUUAGCGGCGUGGUAUCCUUUAAGUGCGAGAGUGUGGCCACGCUGGAUCCCGUGACCUUUGACACUCCGGAGUCCUUCGUGGCGCUCAGCAAGUGGACGGCGAAGAAAGCCGGGUCCAUUUCCUUCGACUUCAGGACCACCGAGCCCAACGGCUUGAUGCUCUUCAGCCACGGGAAGUCCAGACAGGUUCAGCGCAAGGACCCCCGCACACCGCCCACUGUCAAGGUGGACUUCUUUGCCAUUGAGAUGCUGGACGGUCACCUGUACCUGCUGCUGGACAUGGGCUCAGGGACCACAAAGACCAGGGCCAUCGACAAGAAGGUCAAUGACGGAGAGUGGUACCACGUGGACUUUCAGAGGGACGGACGCUCAGGGACCAUCUCGGUGAACAGCGUGCGGACGGCGUACACGGCGCCGGGCGAUAGCGAGAUCUUGGACCUGGACGAGACGCUGUACCUCGGUGGACUUCCUGAGGACCGCGCCGGACUCAUCUUCCCUACAGAGGUGUGGACGGCCCUGCUGAACUACGGCUACGUGGGCUGCAUCCGGGACCUGUUCGUGGACGGCCAGAGCAAAGACAUCAGGCGGCUCGCAGAGGCCCAAAGGGCGGUGGGGGUGAAGCCGUCGUGCUCCAGGGAGCCCCCCAAGCAGUGCCUGUCCAACCCCUGCCAGCACAACGGCAUCUGCAGGGAGGGCUGGAACCGCUACGUCUGCGACUGCUCGGGAACAGGAUACCUGGGACGCUCCUGCGAGAGAGACGCCACCAUCCUGUCGUACGACGGCAGCAAGUUCAUGAAGGUGCAGCUGCCCAUGGCCAUGCACACGGAGGCGGAGGACGUCUCGCUGCGCUUUCGCUCCCAGCGGGCCUACGGCGUUCUCAUGGCGACCACGUCCCGCAACUCGGCGGACACCCUCCGCCUGGAGCUGGACGGGGGCCGAGUGCGGCUCACCGUCAACCUAGACUGUAUCAGGAUAAACUGUACAGCCAGUAAGGGGCCAGAGACCAUCUUUGCGGGCUCGGGUCUCAAUGAUAAUGAGUGGCACACGGUGAGGGUAGUCCGGCGCGGCAAGAGCCUCAAGCUCACCGUGGACGACCUGCAGCCCGUUGAAGGUCAAAUGGCGGGCGACCACACACAGCUGGAGUUCCACAAUGUGGAGACGGGCAUCGUGACCGAGAAGCGCUUCAUGCCGGCCGUGCCCUCCAACUUCAUCGGGCACCUGCAGGGUCUGGCGCUGAACGGCAUGCCGUACAUCGACCUGUGCAAGAACGGCGACAUUGACUACUGCGAGCUCAACGCCGUCAUCGGCUACAAGAGCAUCGUGGCCGACCCCGUCACCUUCCGCUCGCGCUCCAGCUUCGUCACGCUGCCCACACUGCAGGCGUACUACUCCAUGCACCUCUUCAUGCAGUUCAAGACCACCUCGCCCGACGGACUCGUCCUCUUCAACCGAGGGGACGGCAAUGACUUCAUCGUGGUCGAGCUGGUUAAAGGCUACCUUCACUACAUCUCUGACCUGGGCAAUGGAGCCCACCUAAUCAAGGGCAACUCCAACAGUCCCUUGAAUGACAAUCACUGGCACAACGUGCACAUUUCCCGGGACACCAACAACCUUCACACGGUCAAGAUCGACACCAAAGUCACCACGCAGACGACCAUGGGCGCCAAGAAUCUCGACUUGAAGGGUGACCUGUACAUUGGGGGCGUGUCCAAAGAGAUGUACAAAGACCUUCCGAAGCUGGUCCACUCCCGGGAGGGUUUCCAGGGUUGCUUAGCGACGGUGGAUCUCAACGGCCGGCUCCCUGACCUUUUGGCGGACGCCUUGGCAACCGUGGGACAAGUGGAGCGAGGAUGUGAAGGUCCCAGCACCACCUGUCAAGAGGACUCCUGCUCCAAUCAGGGGGUUUGCUUGCAGCAGUGGGAGGGCUUCACGUGCGACUGCAGCAUGACGUCAUACGCAGGGCCUCUGUGUAACGAUGCUGGGACAACGUACAUCUUCGGGCGCGACGGCGGCACGGUGACCUACACUUGGCCCCCGAAUGAGCGUCCCAGCACCAGGGCGGACCGGCUCGCUCUGGGCUUCAGCACGCAGCAGAAGCACGCCAUUCUGCUGCGCGUGGACAGCGCGUCAGGCCUAGGAGACUACCUCCAGCUGCAGAUAGACAAAGGCAAUAUCAGAGUGGUGUUCAAUGUGGGCACGGACGACAUCAACAUCGAGGAGAGCUCCAAGUUUGUCAACGACGGGAAGUACCACAUCAUCCGUUUCACCCGCAGCGGCGGCAACGCCACCCUGCAGCUGGAUGACCUGCCUGUCAUCGAGCGCUACCCCUCAGGCAACAUUGAUAACGAGCGCCUGGCCAUCGCCAGACAGCGAAUCCCCUAUCGGCUCGGUCGAGUAGUUGACGAUUGGCUACUCGACAAAGGUCGCCAGCUGACCAUCUUCAACAGUCAGACCACGGUGCGCGUGGGCGGACGCGACCAAGGCGCCGCCAUGUUCCAGGGCCAGCUCUCGGGCCUCUACUACAACGGCCUGCGCAUCCUCAACAUGGCCGCCGAGGGCCACCCGCACAUAAGGGUGCACGGCAGCGCCCGGCUGGUGGGCGACAUGCCGUCGUCCUCCAUCACGCCGCAGUCCAGCGCCGCCGCCGGGGGCAACCGCUCUGACUCUGCCCCAUCCAUUAGCGACAUCACCACUACCACGGCCACCAACAGGAAACAGGGCGCCACCCAGCAGUCGGCCGACGACAUCCUGGUGGCGUCCGCCGAGUGCCCCAGCGACGAUGAGGACAUCGACCCCUGCGACCCCAGCUCAGCCCGUCCUCCCCUGCCGGAGGUGAAGGUCUUCCCCGGCCCGUCGGAGGUGGUCCGCGAGAGCAGCAGCACCACGGGCAUGGUGGUGGGCAUCGUGGCGGCGGCGGCGCUCUGCAUCCUCAUCCUGCUCUACGCCAUGUACAAAUACCGCAACCGGGACGAGGGCUCGUACCACGUGGACGAGAGCCGCAACUACAUCAGCAACUCGGCCGCGCAGCCCAACGGCAGCGCCAAGGACAAGCCGCUGGGCAUCACCAAGAUCUCCAAGAACAAGAAGAACAAAGACAAGGAGUACUACGUCUGAAGCGGCGGGACGCACACACCUUUAUAUACUCCAACAACAACAAAAAAGGAAAAAAAAGGCUCUAUGUACAUAAAUAGGUAUAUUCUCAAAAGAGCGCACACACGGACGUUAAUGUUUACUCUCCAAUAAUCCCACAUUCAUCCAAGCACACACAGACUGGCCACAGAGGGUCCCAGAGACCCUUCUUGUACAAAAUCCACCAGUGAGAGCCUCGGGAAAGCGACUCUUUUUAUCAACAUUUAGGAAGGAAGCGCCAACCCGACACACUUGGAGCUUCACCCGGGAAAAAAGUCAGUGUGAAUGUACUCUUACUGGCGACUAUUUACGUCAAGCACACGCCAUGUACCGGAGGGUGUGUAGCCGGGGGUCCGAAAACCACAAAAAAGACGAGACGAGCAGCCCUGAAGUGUCUUUUCUUCUCCCAGCUUCUAUUGGCCUUCCACUUAGCGGACGGUGACUCUUGAGGAAGGAUUCAACACAAGAACCAAGCACAGGACGGGGACGGGAAAUCAGGGUGGAGUGGGCGGGGCCUAGAUGUCGUUUGUUUUUUUUAUGUUUACCUGGAACGGAUACCGGAGACUUGAGAUGCUACCUACAGACACGCAUGGCCACACGGUCUUGAUGGGCGGGACUCGGGAGUCGUUUCUCAUUGCACGUGAGUCGUGAUUUAUACGCCCGCGGGCCAGAGGCGGCGCCGUGUUAGAUUCCGCACCCGAAUCGGCUCUUUUGGAAUCGGAAUGGCAUGGCGGCGGGGGCGUCCGGUUUUAGUCGCGGGCAAUCCGAGCGAGGCUAAACGAAAGGAGGACUUUUUAGGAGAGUGGACAGGUGUUUGGUUUUUCUACACAUAUAGGACAUAAGGGUGCCAUAACGUCGGCCAGCCCCGCUCCAGUUCUUCCACGCGACGUACGUCUGAUGCAUGCUGGCAGGACAACAACAACAAAAAACAAAAAAAAAAUGGUGUGAGAUGAUAGCGUCCAAAUGAUCCCCCUCCAUCUUGACUUUUAUGAUGUUUCUCAAUCUCUGUCGUCCUUUUCCUUUUCCUCUUCCUCCUCUCUCUCUCUUUCUCUUUCUCGCUCCGUUUGUGUUGCCGUCCCACGGCGGCGCUUCUCCACCCCCGGGCGGUGCUCCACCCCCUACUCGGUGUUCAUUGACCAUCUUAUUAUUUUCUAUAUGUACAAUUUUUCUACAGUAUUUACUUUUAUUUUUAUUGUUACGGUUCUUUGAUGAACAUAAAGUGGAAAUUUAUUAUGAAAAAUAGUUUUGAAGAUUAACGAGUAAAUAAACUAUUACCCAAGUCA